UAUUUAAUUAGCAUCUGGUCAUAAUUCCAUAUUGGAAGCUGAGAAAAAUGUGUCAAAUAAUUUUCGGUCAUUUACGUUAUCACAUGGCCUUUCUAUUCUAAACGGCCUUGAAAGUAGCAUGUGAACUCCAAAAAAAGGAUAUAAUCAUUAAAUCGGCGAUUUUAAAGUUGGAAGGUCUGAGCUUUAGAUUGACUUACAAGUUUCCAUAUUAUAAUUCCAAUUUGGAUAACAUUCAUAAGAAAGACGAAGUUAAUUUGGUUUGGGGAGUUGCCAUUAGUUUUGAAGGCAUUGAACGCCAAUGUUGGAAAUUUCCGGGUUCCCAGUUUCAAAAGUUGUGAACGUGGCAUUAGACAAUUUCGACAACUUACUCAGCUGUUUCUACGACAUCAACCUGACCAUCUGCAAGUUUUCCAAUGCUGCCUUCGGAAAACGAUCGAGAGCGCCUGCAAGCAACACUUGAUGGAUUAGCCGCAUAUACAUUUAACGUGAAUCAAUAAAAAGCUCGUGUGUUGUCGCGAAUCUGAACUAAAAAGAAGAAUUCAGAUAGGUCUACUCAACCUGAGCAUCGCCACAAAGCUCUCAUUCACUGGAUUGGACUGUUUUCACUCAAACGUCUACAGGAAACGCACAGGGCUCCACUCCAAUUACACGACAUGGGAAUCUGACAGUCAGGGGAUUCGUCUCGGCGCUCCAGAGAUGAAUUUUGACCAGCCCCCUCCCUACGGGGGACCUGUACCCUCUGCCCCAGGAUACCCUGCUCCUACAGCCCCAGGAUACCCUGCUCCUACAGCACACGGAUACCCUGCUCCUACAGCACCCGGGUACCCUGUUGCAACGGCCCCUGGGUACCCUAACCAGGCCGCCCCGGGAUACCAACCCCAAGGGUUACAAAAUCAGGGGUACCCAACCCAGGGGUAUUCUGCACCUGGGUACCCCGCCACAGAUCCGGCAUACCCCAGCUUCCCCCCCGAUGCAUACCAGGGCCAGCCUGGCUAUCAGGGCUACCAGAUGCCCCCUCAGCCGCAGUUUGGAUGGCAGGACCCCCAGCCUGGUGCGCAGAUGUACGGCGAAGCCCCCAAGAACACAGUUUACGUUGUGGAUGGCAGGGGACGAGACGGCGGAGGUGGCGGAGGAGGCGGAGGAGGGGAAAACGCCUGUCUCACCGCCUGUUGGACGGCCCUGUGCUGUUGCUGUCUGUGGGACAUGAUGACAUAGUCACAGAGCCUAAUGGGACGACACCCCAUGGUGACCGCGGCAUAUGACCCCCUGGACAUUUUAACCGAAAAUGUGUGUUACUGUCUCUGUCCUGUCUUCUCUAACUUCGUUAUUGCAUAAUACAUGUUAAUUAUCAUAUUUGUUGCUAGCUAAAGCCAGAGAAACUAAAAGUACUAAAGCUAACAUUUGUUUUGGAAAGUAUUGUCUUCACUAAAGAAGCAUUUAUUUAAAGGUUGUCUGUGAUCAGGUCAAUUUUGAGUAUAGGUUAUAUUUAUUUCUGUUUGUUUUUCAUAUUUGUUGUGUUGGAGACUUACGUUUUUCGUUUAAUCAUUAACAAAGAGGGAAUGUUCUGGCCUUUUAAUGGUGAAGAAAAUUAUAUGAGGUCAGCUUAGAAUCCUUUCUCCUAGAAAUAAGUAAAAUCAUUCACACAACAAACCUUUGUUACGGUUAGAAUCAGUUAUAGCUGGCUCAUGGCUAAACCAGUUAGAUCUGUACCAAACACAUGUAAAUACGAGCUUUUAGCUGUGCGUUAGGUGCCUAUGUUCGGACAACUUAUUUUGGGGAGUGCUCCUCACCCCUCUGGCUUAACUCACAUGGGUCGAGUGUGAGGCCAGGGAGGUGGGUGUUUCUAUUUCUGAAAGGUUGUUCUGUUAGCUGAGAUUGAAGCCCUAUUUAUAACUACUGCUUUGAUGUGCCUCAUAUUUUACCUUGUCCACAUUGUGAUUUUAUCCACAUUUAUGUAGACAAUUCAAUUAAAAUGUAUUGCGAUCAGAGUGUAUCUUAAGUGGUAACAAGGAUUCUAGAUUAUCAAACCAUUAAAAUUAUUCCUAAAAGGAUUGGAAACAUUAACUCAGGCCAUUCAUAUUUGUCUUAAAUCUUAGCAUUACACUGAAAUAAAUUUUUUGGCACAAUUAGAAUCUGUAACUCUGUGCGGAGCUGUGGUCGAGUGGUAAAAACUUCUGGCUUCAGGAUCAUACACGGCUCCCAGCUGGAGAUCAGGAUCCAAUACUGUCUAUGCCCUCAGCUGUAUUCUGUUCAUUAACACUGUCAGUAGAAGCCUUGUAAAAACACAAUAUGAUUAAAGAGUGACUUCAA